CAAAAAAAGAAAUAAAAAAAGAAAGUGAGCUUUUAGCUUUCUACCUAUGCAACCCUGGAUUUUAGUGUAUUGCAAGGAGAAUGUAGAGGGAAAUUGUUAUAUGAUGUCCUUUUAAGAUGAGCCUCUUUUAUAGGGGGAAGGUCAAUUAAUAAUAGCAAAGUGCAGUGGAGAAUGGAGUCAGCAGUGAUCCUUAUAAAUAGGAUCAUGGAGUAUGUUCGAUUAGUUGAAUCUUAUUUGCAUUUCAACUUCAGUUAUUUUUAUUUCCAUCUUUUAUGGCCUUUAUACCCUUCCUCUCCCUCCUUACUGUGACCAUCAAUUCAUUUUAUGUAAAAAGAAAUGGUCAGACUAGAAUCACAAGAUAAUCUUUAAUACACCUUCAAAUUCUAACAUUUUGUGAUUCUAUAGUUUCUUCAUUUUCCUAAAUUCAGGAUUUUAUUUUAUUUUAUUCUCCAAAUGUGGUACUAAUACAGCCAGGAGAUCUGAAAGGGAUUUUAGAAGGUGGAAUUUAUGAGUAAGGACGCAUGGUGGCGCUGCAGGCUAAGAAGGCAAAUGAAAGGACCGCAGCUACAGCAGACUCCAUUACUCUGAGAAAACAGAAUCUGAAAGAACAGUCAGAGAAAGAAGACUUUGUCAGUCUCUGCUCAGGUAUAGGGGUACCAGUAAGAGAGAUCGGAGAAUAGAAAUAAUUAGCUCAGAAUUACUUCAGACAAGAAAAAGGACUUGAUGUUAUUAGGAAUAUAAUAAGGAUUCUUCACACGGAUACAGCAAUGGAGACUACUCCAGGAAAAGCACAGUGGAACAGGCAAGUGAUAUUCUUUAUUGUAGCUUUGCUCUUGUCUGAGGUGGGUUCAGAGCUGGGGCGGUUUUCUGUUGCAGAGGAGACGGAGAGCGGUUCUUUUGUGGCCAAUGUGGCUAAAGCUCUGGGUCUGGAAGUGGGGGAGUUGUAUGCGAGGGGUUCCCAGGUAGCCUCUAACCAUAACAAACAGUUUUUGCAACUGGAUCAGAAGACAGGGGAUUUAUUUCUAAAGCAGAAACUGGACCGGGAGGAGCUGUGCGGCCCUACCGAACCCUGUGUGCUGCCUUUCCAGAUCUUACUGGAAAACCCUUUGCAGUUCUUCCGAGCUGAACUGCAAGUGAAAGAUAUAAAUGACCAUUCACCCACUUUCCCAGACCCUGACAUACUCCUGAGAAUAUCAGAAAGCACCAAGCCAGGGACUGCUUUCCCUUUAAAGAUGGCUGAGGACUUGGAUGUUGGCAUUAACAGCCUUCAGAACUACACCAUCAGCCACAACUCGCAUUUCUUCCUUCACACUCACACCCGCAGCGAUGGCAGAAAGAUCCCAGAGCUGGUGUUGGAUAAAGCUCUAGAUCGUGAGGAGCAGCCAGAGGUGACACUAACCCUCACGGCCAUGGAUGGUGGGUCCCCCUCGCGGUCUGGGACAGCCCAAGUGCGAGUUACCAUUGUGGACGUUAAUGACAAUGCGCCUGUGUUUGUUCAGUCGAAGUAUCAAGUGCAGAUUCCAGAGAAUAGCCCCAUUGACUCGCUAGUAGUGACUGUCGCUGCUCAAGAUUUAGACGCUGGAAUCAAUGGGGAUGUUGCUUAUGCCUUAUUCCAAGCUUCUGAUGAAGUCAGUCAAACGUUUGGAGUUGAUCCCGUCUCAGGAGAGAUUCGAUUGAAAAAACAAGUGGAUUUUGAGGCAAUUCAGAAAUAUGAGGUGGAAAUUGAGGCCACAGAUAUUGGGGCCCUUUCAGGAAAAUGCACUGUUUUGGUCCAAGUGAUGGACCUGAACGACAAUUUCCCAGAACUGACUAUGUUGUCACUAACCAGCCCUAUUCCAGAGAACAUUCCUGAGAGUGUGGUUGCUGUUUUUAGCAUCAGAGAUCGUGACUCUGGGGAAAGUGGAAGGAUGAUUUGCUCCAUUCAAGAGGAUCUUCCUUUCUCCUUGAAACCUCACUUGGAGAACUUCUACUCCAUAAUAACUGAGGGAGCUCUAGACAGAGAGAACAAGGCCGAGUACAACAUCACUAUUACAGUCAUGGAUUUGGGAUCCCCAAGGCUCAAAUAUGAGCACAAUAUCAUGGUGCUCAUCUCUGAUGUCAAUGACAACCCACCAGUAUUUACUCAGAGAGCCUACAAACUGUACCUCCUGGAGAACAACAGUCCAGCUCUCCACAUUGGUAAUGUCAGUGCCAGUGACAGGGACUCAGGAAUCAAUGCCAAAGUCACCUACUCUCUGCUGCCUCCAGAGACUGGAAAUCUGUCCCUCUUCUCCUACAUAUCCAUCAACUCUGACAGUGGCCAUCUCUAUGUCCUGAGAUCUGUGGAUUAUGAAGCCAUUCAAACUUUCCAGUUCGCUGUGAGGGCGACUGAUGGAGGCUCCCCAGCCCUGAGCAGCCAGGCUCUGGUUCAGAUUGUGGUUCAGGAUGAGAAUGACAACUCUCCCUUUAUUCUGUACCCUCUGCAGAAUAGCACAGUUCCUUGCAAUGACCUGGUGCCCAGGGCAGCAGAGCCAGGUUAUCUGGUCACCAAGGUUGUUGCUGUGGAUCAGGACUCUGGACAGAAUUCCUGGCUUUCUUACCAACUGCUAAAAACCACGGACCCAGGGCUUUUCACUGUAUGGGCACAUAAUGGGGAAGUGCGCACAGCAAGGCCCAUCAGUGACAGAGAUGCCAUCAAGCAGAGGCUUUUGGUGCUGGUGAAGGACAAUGGGGAGCUGCCUCUGUCCACAGUAGCCACAUUGAAUGUACUCUUAGUGGAUGGAUUCUCUGAGCCUUUUGUGAAGCUUCCAGAUGAGCCCAAAGAUGAUCCACAGACUGAUUCCCUUACAGUGUACUUGAUCAUUUCUUUGGUUUCUGUCUCCUUUCUGUUCCUGGUCUCUGUAAUCCUGUUCAUUUCUAUAAAGCUAUGGAGAAAAAGAAAAGCAUCAGAAGUUGAUCGGGUAGGACCCAACUGCCGAUUUUCAGGUCACUUGGUAGAUGUCAGUAGCACCGGGACCCUAUCCCAUAGCUACCAGUAUGAGAUGUGUUUGACCACUGGCUCUGGGAACACUGAUUUCAAGUUUCUGAAGCCAAUUAUCCAUGGUGUCCCUCCUCCAGUCUCUGACAGGUCCUCAGAGGCAGAUCAAGUCUUCCAAAAUAGCUAUAUGCUUGGUUAAAUGUGAGAAUUCUUCAAUUUGUAUUUAAUAUGUAAAUUGUGUAAAUUUUUGGCAUUUCUUUGGCAUUUGUGACUAGCUACUUAGAUACUGAGAAUUCCUGGAUCUGUAAUCUUUACCUAUGUGGUCAGCAAUUUGAUUCCUGAUAGUCAGUACUGCAUCCACAUCAGAGAGCUUAUUGACAGAAAGGAAAACUUUUUACUGGUGAUUUUCCUUAAGGAGGUAUUUUAACUAGCUAACAAGUUGAAGAUGUAGUGUUCUUAAAUUCUACAUAGUCUGCCUGCCAGUGUUGACAUUUUAAUUAUAUUCAACCUUCAAGUUAUAA